AUGGAGCUCGAGUGUGAUUUCAUGUGGAAAGCUCAUCGGCAAGAGCCGCAAUCCGGGCCCGUGCUUGUAUCCAUAUCUUGCUCUCAUUGUACCAGCAGCCACCAUUUGGUCGGUGACUGCCCAUCCCUUCCGCAACCUUUGAAAUCUUCGUCCUGGACGUUGAAAGGAGUUGAUCCGAAUAUGGUUACCAAUAUCAAUUCUGUGGUCAACGGUAGGGGCGGACCUUCGUCUAGAGGUCGAGGUGGGAUGAAGAUUAGGGGCCGUGCUGAUGUACACUCCUCUCCGGAUGACAGCGAUGACUUGAUGACUAGACGACGGCCCGUAGGUCGUGGUGGAAACCGAGGCAAUAUCCGGAUUGGUAGUGGAAUUGGGAAGAACAAGAACCUAGCGCCGGCCGGCUCGCGAGGCCCAGAUAUGGAUUCUCGUCAGUUUUACAGGGAUCGUCAGGAUUUCCAUUCGGGCAACGCACGCCAGCGCUCCUUGUCCCCCAACCCUCGCCGCGGAAGAGGCAAGGAUACCUGGCAACCUGCACCUCGUUCACCGCCACGAGGCCAGUCCAGGCCUCCUCCUCGUGGGGGAAGAGGCGGUGGCCGGGGACGUGGCGGACGUGGCAAUGGUAAUAAACGAGGGGGUAACGGCGACAAUUACCGCCCGAUGCCGAGUGCCGCUAAAAAGGCUUGGGAUAAGUAUAGACUCUGA